CCCCAUCACAGUUCACGAGUUAACAACAUUGCCCUCUCUCUUGUCUCUCUCUCUCUCUCUCUCUCUCUCUCUCUCUCAUCCUAGUUGGGGGCAUCACUUAUUCGACCCUCAUGCUCACAGGAUAGAACCAUAGAAGUGAUCUCAAAGGCUCAACGCCAACGCAAGCAGCUCUUAAGCAAUUAUCGUUGUUGCAGGAAAAAACGAGCUCAAGGAGAAUAAGGUGAAAGAAUGCCGAAGGUAAAGACAAACCGUGUCAAAUACCCAAAUGGAUGGGAGUUGAUUGAGCCUACUCUUCGUGAGCUCGAGGGUAAAAUGAGAGAAGCUGAAAAUGAUCCACAUGAUGGUAAGAGAAAAUGUGAAGGCUUAUGGCCAAUUUUCAAAAUUGCACAUCAAAAGAGCCGCUAUAUCUAUGAUCUUUACUACCGAAGGAAGGAAAUAUCUAAGGAACUUUAUGAAUUCUGUUUGGAUCAAGGCUAUGCUGACCGCAAUCUAAUUGCAAAAUGGAAGAAGUCAGGAUACGAACGCCUUUGCUGCCUACGAUGCAUACAGCCACGGGAUCACAACUUCAACACCACUUGCGUGUGCAGAGUUCCUAAACACUUGAGGGAAGAGAAAGUCAUAGAAUGUGUGCACUGUGGUUGUGGGGGCUGUGCAAGUGGAGACUGAUUCACCUCUUUGUGUUCGAGUACCAACAGAUAAUUGAGGCUGCUUAAUCUGAUUCUGUGACCGGGGAUGUUGAUUCCCUUUAUUUAACUGUAUGGAAGCGGGGUUCUCCCUGGAUCCCUGGGAUGUAACUAUGUUUGUAUUGAUCCAACAUUGCUCCCAAUGAAACCGCUAAAAUUGCACAAUUCUGGAAAAAUCUAAAACAGAGCUAGCUUUUAAA